AUGGCUCCAAUAAUAUCUCAUCCCAACCCCAACACUCUCUUCUCCCUCCUCUUUCUCUCCACACUCGCUUUCCUAGUUUGCUCGAGCUCGAGGCUCGAUCUCCUCCCGUCCGACCAUAAUGCCCUUGUGCAGAUACACGCAGAUUUCGGCAUCCGCCACUUUCCAGCUAGCCAGAACUUGUGCACUACUGCCGGAAUAUUCUGCAAACGACAGCUCACCACAAACAAGACAUACAAUCUCAGAGUAACACGUCUGCUUCUCGACUCCCAACGCCUCAAAGGGAGACUAUCUCCCGCCAUUGGCAACCUCUCGGAGCUCAAAGAGCUUUCCCUGCACAACAACCAAAUCUCUAACCAAAUUCCCCCUCAAAUCAUCGACUGCCAAAAGCUCGAGACACUAAACCUCGGAAAAAAUCUUUUCUCCGGGAAAAUCCCGCCCGGACUAUCGUCCUUAAUCCGCCUCCGAGUCCUUGACCUGUCCUCAAACAAGUUCAAUGGGAACCUGGAAUUUCUUAAGCAUUUUCCCAACAUGGAAAGGCUCAACCUUGCCGACAACUCCUUCUCCGGGAAAAUACCGUCUUCCCUGAGAUUCUUCCGUAACUUGAGAUUCAUAAAUGUGUCGGGAAACGUUUUGCUCGAGAGUGAUAAUCUCUCGAACAGCAUACUCAAAAACGAGCCGCUCCCCGCACGCUACGUGUUUGCCGAGAGCCCCCGAAGAAGAAACCAGUCCUCCUCGGCCGUGGCCCCUGCUCCAAGCCACUCAGCCAACAGUACACCAACACCCAAAAGGGGGCACAAGAGGAAUAAAAAGAAAAUAGUUCAGGCGAUUCUCGGUUUCCUGACGGGAGUCCUGGCCGGAGGUAUUUCCGGGCUGGUGUUCGGCCUGCUUUUCAAGCUCCUUCUCAUGUUUAUCAGAAGGCGUAAGAGGGACAUGAAACUAAAUAUCUUCAGCCCUUUGAUCAAAGGGCCCGAGGACCUGGCCUUCCUCGAAAAUAACGACGGGUUAUCGUCCCUUCCCGUCAUUGGCCGAGGCGGGUGUGGGGAGGUCUACAAAGCCCUUCUCCCGGGCAGCAACGGGAAAGAAAUCGCCAUCAAGAAAAUAAUCCAGCCGAUUAGGGAUGCCGGUGAGCUCUCAGAAGAAAGCAAGCUUCUCACCAAGAAAAUGCGGCAGAUAAAGUCGGAGAUACAGACGAUGGGGCGGAUCAGACACAAAAACCUCCUCUCCCUCCUGGCCCACCUUCCUCGGGCCGACUCCCAUUUCCUGGUGUACGAGUACAUGAAGAAUGGCAGUUUACAGGACUGCCUCCAGCAGGUGGCUGAGGGAAGGCGGACGCUCGACUGGCCCGCCCGUUACAAAAUUGCGCUUGGUGUGGCCGCAGGGCUCGAGUACCUUCACAUGAACCAGAGCCCACGGAUCAUCCACCGCGACUUGAAGCCCGGGAAUGUGCUCCUGGACGACGAGAUGGAGGCCCGCAUUGCCGAUUUCGGGCUGGCCAAGGCAGUCCCGGAUGCCCACACGCAUGUCACCUCGUCCAACGUGGCGGGUACGGUGGGGUACAUAGCGCCCGAGUAUUACCAGACGUUCAAGUUCACGGACAAGUGUGACGUGUACAGCUUUGGGGUAGUGUUGGGGGCCCUGGUCGUGGGGAAACUGCCGUCAGACGAGUUCUUCCUGCACACCGAUGAGAUGAGUAUGGUGAAAUGGAUGAGGAAAGUGAUGGCUUCUGAGGAGCCCAAACAGGCGAUUGAUCCCAAGCUGCUCGGGAAUGGGUAUGAGGAGCAGAUGCUUCUCGUGCUCAAGGUUGCGUGUUUCUGCACGCUGGAGAAUCCUAAAGAGAGGCCCAACAGUAAGGAUGCUAGGUGCAUGCUGGCUCAGAUUACGCACUAG